AUCUUUCUUCCACUCUUCAAUCAUUCAGUGGAAGAAAAGGGGAAGAAAAUUGGGGGAAAACGGGAGUAAGAAGCAUGGAAUAAAGUGUCAGGGUUGAGGAUAUCUUGAACAGAAGGAAGUCAUUAUUACUUCACCAAGCUGAGGACCAAAGUCAGUAGAUAGUAUUCAUGGCCAUGGGCUUCUUCAAGCUCAUAAUGUGUAAUGUUCUUGUUGUCCUGGUGCUGCUUCCAUGUUCAUUAUUGGGUUCUGUGAGAGCCUCUGUAUCUUACGACCAUACAGCUAUUACCAUUAAUGGCCAGAGAAGGAUCCUCAUCUCUGGAUCCAUUCAUUACCCGAGAAGUGCUCCUGAGAUGUGGCCAGAUCUCAUUCAGAAGGCUAAAGAAGGAGGAUUGGAUGUAAUUCAGACUUACGUUUUCUGGAAUGGGCAUGAAACUCAGCCUGGCAAAUAUUAUUUUGAGGGGAACUAUGAUCUAGUGAAGUUCAUUAAGUUGGUGCAGCAGGCAGGCCUCUAUGUUCAUCUGAGAAUUGGCCCUUAUGUCUGUGCUGAGUGGAACUUCGGGGGUUUCCCUGUUUGGCUGAAGUACAUUCCAGGUAUCAGCUUUCGAACUGACAAUGAGCCUUUCAAGUUCCAAAUGCAAAGGUUUACAACUAAGAUCGUUGAUAUGAUGAAAGCCGAGAAGUUAUUUGAGUCUCAGGGUGGUCCAAUAGUUCUAUCCCAGAUUGAAAAUGAAUACGGACCCGUGGAAUAUGAAAUUGGCUCACCCGGUAAAGCCUACACUCAGUGGGCAGCGGAUAUGGCUGUAGGACUUGGUACAGGGGUUCCUUGGGUCAUGUGCAAGCAAGAUGAUGCUCCUGAUCCUGUUAUUAACACAUGCAAUGGCUUCUAUUGUGAUUAUUUCUCUCCAAAUAAGGACUACAAACCAAAGAUGUGGACAGAAGCUUGGACUGGCUGGUUUACUGAGUUUGGAGGUCCAGUUCCUCACCGGCCUGCUGAAGACAUGGCAUUUUCAGUUGCAAGGUUUAUGCAGAAAGGGGGAUCUUUUGUUAAUUAUUACAUGUAUCAUGGGGGAACAAAUUUUGGUCGAACUGCUGGGGGUCCAUUCAUUGCUACAAGCUACGACUAUGAUGCGCCUCUUGAUGAAUAUGGACUGCUCAGGCAGCCAAAGUGGGGCCAUCUGAAGGAUUUACACAGAGCAAUAAAACUAUGUGAACCUGCUUUAAUAUCUGGAGAUCCUAUUGUAACAAAGAUUGGAAACUCUCAAGAGGCUCAUGUCUUCAAAUCAGAAUCGGGAGCUUGUGCUGCAUUCCUUGCAAACCAUGAUUCAAGAUCUACUGCAACAGUGGCCUUUGGAGAUAGGCAUUACAACUUGCCUCCGUGGUCUAUAAGCAUUCUUCCUGACUGCAAGCACACUGCUUUCAACACAGCAAGGGUUGGAGCGCAGAGUGCACAAAUGAAGAUGACUAGUGUUCCAAUUCAUGAAGGACUCUCUUGGGAUUCAUUCAAUGAAGAUACAGCCUCAACUUAUGAUAGUUCCUUUACCAUGACAGGCCUGUUGGAGCAGAUAAAUACAACAAGAGAUGUCUCAGACUACUUAUGGUAUUCCACAGAUGUUGUGAUUGAUCCCAGUGAAGAAUUUUUGAGCAACGGAAAGGACCCUGUUCUUACAAUCUUAUCCGCUGGGCAUGCUUUACAUGUCUUUAUCAAUGGUCAGCUAUCAGGAACUGUCUAUGGAAGCUUAGAUUUUCCAAAAAUAACAUUCAGUGAGAGUGUGAAGCUGAGAGCUGGUAUUAACAAAAUCUCCCUCCUAAGUGUUGCAGUUGGUCUCCCGAAUGUUGGUCCACAUUUUGAAACAUGGAAUGCUGGUGUUCUUGGCCCUGUUACACUGAAUGGUCUCAAUGAGGGGAGAAGGGACUUAUCGUGGCAGAAAUGGUCUUACAAGAUUGGUCUAAAAGGUGAAGCCUUGAGUAUUCAUUCUCUUAGUGGAAGUUCUUCAGUUGAGUGGAUACAGGGGUAUUUAGUUUCACAAAAGCAGCCAUUGACUUGGUACAAAACUACUUUUGAUGCCCCAGCUGGAACUGCACCAUUGGCUUUAGACUUGAGCAGCAUGGGCAAAGGUCAAGUAUGGAUAAACGGGCAGAGUCUCGGUCGCUACUGGCCUGCUUAUAAAGCAUCAGGUACUUGUGAUUCCUGUAACUAUGCAGGAACUUAUAAUGAGAAGAAAUGUGGAAGUAACUGUGGCGAGGCCUCUCAAAGAUGGUAUCAUGUCCCUCGAUCAUGGUUGAAGCCAGUUGGAAAUUUACUGGUUGUGUUUGAGGAAUUGGUUGGAGAUCCAAGUGGCAUUGCUUUGGUUAGACGGGAAAUAGACAGUGUUUGUGCUGAUAUUUAUGAAUGGCAGCCAAAUCUAAGAAGUUAUCGGAUGCAAGCAUCUGGCAAGGUCAGCAGACCUUUGAGACCGAAAGUACAUUUAUCAUGUGGCCCUGGGCAGAAAAUCUCCUCAAUCAAGUUUGCUAGCUUUGGUACUCCAGUAGGGUCCUGUGGAAGCUUUCAGGAAGGAAAAUGUCAUGCUCACAAGUCAUAUGAUGCCUUUGAAAGGAACUGUGUUGGGCAGAAUUGGUGCAAAGUAACUGUGACACCUGAAAACUUUGGAGGAGAUCCAUGUCCAAAUGUGAUGAAGAAACUCUCAGUGGAGGCCAUUUGCUCCUGAUCAUCCUUAAAUCAGAAAACAAACGUGACAAUGGUUCAAGAUUACAAUUUUUUUUUUUUUAAUGAUUCAAUUAAGCGUUGUUGGGUCAACCAAUUCUACAAAUAUAGAUCACCACCACAAGCAUUGUUUUUGGCUUUACCUAGGUGAAGUUGCAGUAAAACACAACACACCCUCUGGUUAAAGGCCUCUAGAGAUUGUGGACGUGGACGUGUAUAUAUUGUUCUAGGUAUACAGAAGGUGAAGAAGCUCUGUGAAGAACUAUUGCUGGAUAAUCAUCGAAACAAUACUAUCGGAUCCAUGUGCAAAAAAAUCUCCUUUUUUGUUAUCUUGUGAAGCCUCUUGCUUCCUGUACUAUUUUUGUUAUUUUUCCCCCCUGGAAGCUUCCAUGAGAUCUGGUUGUUUAGUUGCUCUAUUCUUGUAAGAAACAUCUCAAGAAAAAUUGCAAGUCAAAGCCAUGUUUGCUUCUCUUUUCUAAUGCCUUGUCUUUUGGUUUUGUUGAACUUUGUCUUUGGUUCAUGAUGUUUCAUGCUCACUGUAAUAGUACAGUGGUAGGUUAUUCAUUUCGUU